AUGAGUGACCUCGCUCAAUCGCGAUCCUCGGGGCCCAUUGCCACCGGCGCGGGCGCACAACUUGCUACCGGCAGCAAUUCAGAGAAGCAGAAGGACAGCGGAACAAACACAGUAGUCAAGACUCGCAGUCUAGACUAUGUAUUACGGAGUGGUCUAGCCGGUGGAUUGGCCGGUUGUGCGGCAAAAACAGUCGUUGCGCCUCUCGAUCGCGUCAAGAUUCUAUUCCAGGCAUCCAAUCCUCAAUUCGCCAAGUACACCGGCAGCUUGGCAGGUCUCGUGGCCGCUAUCCGCGACAUCAAGCGCUCUGAAGGGUCCCGAGGCCUGUUCAAAGGCCACUCCGCAACUCUUCUCCGUAUCUUCCCCUACGCCGCUAUCAAGUUCCUCGCCUACGAGCAGAUUCGCGCAGUCGUCAUCUCCUCCCCCGACCAAGAAACCUCUAUCCGCCGCUUAGUAUCCGGCAGCAUGGCCGGCAUCACCUCCGUAUUUUUCACAUACCCACUCGAGCUCGUCCGAGUGCGAUUGGCCUUUGAAACGAAAAAGUCCUCACGGUCUUCCUUGAAGGAUAUCUGCCGCCAGAUCUAUAAUGAACGCAUCACCUCUCCCUCAAGAGGCGCCGCAUCCCACGCCUCAACCACCGUUGCCGCCGCCGAAUCCGUUUCUUCAACCGUCAACAAGGCAGUGCCUCGCUCCGGCUUCGCCAACUUCUACCGUGGCUUCGGCCCAACCAUUCUGGGCAUGGUUCCCUACGCCGGCAUGUCCUUCCUCACCCACGACACGAUAGGCGACUGGCUUCGCCACCCCUCCGUCGCCCAAUACACUACCAUCCCUGACUCAGAAUCCAAACCAAAGAAGGGCUCCCGACACCCCCAACUAACCGCCACAGCCGAGCUAUCUUCCGGUGCCCUUGCCGGUCUGGUAUCCCAAACAUCCUCAUACCCACUUGAAGUGGUCCGACGACGAAUGCAAGUCGGCGGUGCAGUUGGUGACGGCCGUCGUCUCGGCUUAGUUGAAACGGGCAAGAAGAUCUACCUGGAGCGAGGAUUCCGCGGUUUCUGGGUCGGUUUGACUAUUGGCUACAUGAAGGUUGUGCCGAUGGUGGCCACCAGUUUCUUUGUUUAUGAGCGACUGAAAUGGUCUUUGGGCAUUUAG